UGCAAAGCUACUGAAAAGAGUAAUCAAUCAAGCAGCUGGCCUCUGAAAAGAAUUGCUGAAAAAAUUCAACACGACUUUCACAAGUUCACGAGGUAUUGAUAUGCAUGUGAAUCUUUGAAAUAAUUAUAAAAAAAUAAUUAUAGAAAGCCAAGAAGACGGCUUGAAGUAAAUUUUGACAAAAAGUAUAUGGCUAGAAUAUUGGCGACCGCAACAAAUGGAAAACACCUAUACGAAUUAACUCAUUACUAGUAUAUGCCAUACGUGCAUAUUGUGAAAGCCAAAACAUUUUAUCAUUUUGAAUCAGUGAAUGAGGAAAACGGGUCAACAAUAAGGAAAAUAUUUCAAAUGCCCAAAUCCGUAUUUGCAUGUAAAGACUUCUAAGUUAACACUUUUAUAAGAUACUUCAGAGAAGAUUUUACUUGAAUAUCAGUCAAAACUGAAUUAAGACAAGAUCGACAUCUUUCAAUUUAAAAACGCCUUAAGGCUUUCAGUGUUUAUCAGAUUCAGUUCCAUAUCCCAAGCAGUAAGCAAAUAUUCUAUAGUAGCUGAAGGCCGAAAAUCUGAGGCUCAGCUCAAUAUUGAAGGCUCAGUGAAAUUGGUUAAUUGAAACUAAGAAAGUUUUUGUUUAAAAACGGUUUACUAUGUAUAUAUAUAUAUAUAUAUAUAUAUAUAUGUAUAUAUAUAUGUGAUUCACCCCUAAAUCAUGUGAUUAUUAAUUAUUUCUGGUUUCGUGGCCAGGUUGAAUAAGGCCGAGGGCAACAACGGCGGUCGAGGGGCCACAAAACACACUGCUUUCCCGAGGUCUCUGUAAAUAAGUGUUUUGUUAUAUAGUAUCAACAAGUGUCAAAGUAUGCCAUAAUUCACCGGUUACGUUAUUGGAGUGAACUUUGAAACCAAAAGUGGGCAUCGAUAAAUGGAACGCCGUAAAUGUUUAAUAAAAAGUUUAAUAAAAUGAACAUUGGAACUUCACGGUUGACGCGCAUGCGCACUGCACCCAUUCUAUUGUGGACCGGUCAAUAAAUGUUCUAUUAUGGACUGCAGAUUUUACACUGGAAAGUGCACGAUUUUCAUAACUGAUAACUCUGGCUUCUUGAGUAAGCCGGUUGCCUCGUUGUUGUACACGACGUUUUGUAGAACGGCACGCGAUACGCUUUUGUCCAAUCAGAAAAACUGAACUUUGACAUUAACUAUUUUUGACCCUUGGGGGGCCGAGAUUUCACACGCGCCCCUGAGCAACAUGCAACAUUACAACGGGGCUUUACAAGUCAAGUAUGUAUGAUUGUUCUGCCGGAGUUUCGUGGUCAUAUACCUUAUAUUCACAUGCAAAUGAAAAUGAAUUCAUAAGAUAAUUAAUUUGUUAUAUCGCUUGUUUUUCCGAACACGAAGUUAAGUUAUUGUGUGUUUAUGAUAAGUUCAAUCACUGCAACACGUUCCGUAUAUUAUUUAUACGCGCAAUUUUGUUCCGUUUUCCUUUCAUCCCUUCCUUCAACUAACGGAUGGGAUAUUUGGCAAGGUUAAUUUCUCAAUCAUACAGUAAAUUUCUGACUUUUUUAUGUACUCAAAAUUAACAAAGGACUGUUUAUACGAGCCUGGAACAAUAUGUCCAAUUAUGGUGGUUGCUCAGAUUCGAACUUUACUUGGCACAAUAUCAUUAAAAACUUCGUGAGAAAAUAUGUUAGUUGUAUCAGGUUGGUGGAAUGCUGUUUGCAUGCGGAAGUGAGCCUAUAUAAGCCCUAGUAAGAGUCGAUCAGGAAUUGUAUUACGCAAAUACAAAUAGUCGUUAUAUUAUUCAUCACAAUUGUGAGCCAUACGGUGUACUAUAAAGAAGUGACAUGCAAAGUUUGUACUACUGUUAUUAUAAGUUAUAGCAGUAUACAGUAUAUUAUCAGAGUGUUUGCGAGAAGUUCACUUCGCAAAUAAUUUUAAAAAAAGAUCCAUACUUUAAUUACAUGAAGAGCUGUAGUGAAAGUAAGAAUAAAUCCGAUAAGGCUGAGGCUCAAUUCAGCUUAGUCUUUCCAGUUUCUAUACCUUAUAAAUGAACUUCGCCCGUAUUCUAAAAGCUCACUCACACUCACACUCAAUGAGUGGAGAUUCAAUCUGAGCUUCUCUUGAGUGUCAAUGCUGUUUUUGAAUAGCUGGAGGGUUAGUGUCGUACCUUUCUAUGUGACUACUCGCCCUCCAGCUAUUCAAAAACAGCAUUGACACUCAAGAGAAGCUCAGAUUGAACCUCCACUCAUUGAGUGUCAGUGAGCUUUUAGAAUACGGGCGUUACAUUGUUUAAAUUAUUAAUUAUACACUCCCGCCCGCUGAUUUGAAAAAGGACUUGAUUCUUCCCCUCUGUUUCUGACGUUUCCUAGCUGAUGAUUCGCUCGGUUAACUUGAAAAGACAAUUGACCGGCAAGGUGGCGAAUUUUCUCUGCACCUAUGCACCUGCAAUAUAUCCAAUUAUGGUGAUUGUUGUUCGAAGUAUACUUAGCACAAUAUCAUUAUGAGAAGAUAUGCAUGUUAGUUCUAUCAGGUUGUAUCACUAGAUCAGUGGGUUGUAUGCGGAAUGCUGUUUGCGGAAGUAAGCCUAUAGCCCUAAUAAGAAUCGGGAUUUGUCUAAGGCAAAUCACAAGACGAAAAUUCUUUUUUGGGGCUAGCCCUUCAUGUCCGGUAAAUAAAUGUAUAUACGAACUUGAACUAGAAGCGUUGUUAACAUUUCGUGCUGUCAAACAGUAAAAAGCAGCCCCGCGGGUGGCCUUGCCAGGCGCUAUAAAUAAUUUACAAGUUGCGGUCUAAUAUAUACUGAUUAACUUAUAGAAACACGGUUUCUCAUUUUAACAGAGCAAGUUUAUACUAUACAACAAAAAUGGAAGGAAACAGCAGUAAAUCCACUGAAAAGGGAACGAAUGGCACUGCUGAAAAACGAAGUUCUGUCAGCUCAUCUCGCAAGCAGUCCUCUGUAUUCAUGAAAUAUGUUCGACCUUGUUUUGCUGAAUUUCUUGUAGUCUUAAUUUUCGUGUUCGUCGGUGUCUGCAGUGUAGCCAAUGCAUCAUCGUUUAUACCGUUAGUUCAUGGCCUUGCAAUUAUAGUCUUGGCAUUUCUCGCUGGUGGAAUAAGGUAUGCACAGUUUAGAAUUAUUUUCAAGUGUAUUAAUAAAGUAGGUUUUAUUAGAAGGGAAGAUUAUUCAGAAGAACAGUAAUGAGAGCCCAAAACGUUCAUGGCAAGUAUAAACUAUUGAAAAUGAGUGAAACUGUUCUGAAGUUUGUUCACCAAGUCCCAUUAAUUAAUUGGGUUCAUAGUAAAAAAGCAGUCAAUUUUUCGGGAGAAAAUGCAAUACCGUUAGUUUGUCAAGGUAAAUUUGUCACAGAGAGUUGUCAUGGGAAAUUAGUGUGUUUAUUUUUAAAGGAAACAACUUUGUAGGGAAAAUAAGUAGCUCUUCUCUGGUGAUUUUGAAAACAAAGCACAAAGAAUUUCUUUUGAUUUUUUUUUUAUCUUUCUGUGCAUGCUUCUAACUUGAAGUUCUUUAAAUGUAAAAUUCUGAUAACUAAUAUUCAUUUUACUUAGUGUGAUAAUGCCAAUAUCAUUAUUCGGCAUGCGUCAUUAUAUAACAACAUGUCGAAAGAGCAUUAUUAUUAUUAUUGUUGGCAUUUUUUGCACAAAUUACAGCCAGCUAUACUCCGCCAUGGUCAAGCAACCACGGAUUCACACAUGCAUAUAACCCAAGUGCAACUUUUAUGCAUUUUCAGUUAAACCACUCUACGAGGACAACAGGCAGGAUUUAUAUAUAGUAUGCAGUUCACGCUAUAUAGCAAUAUAAUUAUAAUAUUUGCAUAUAUAUCACAUGCACUCUUGAGAUGUAUGUAUAUUAAUCACAUACUAAUCAUAGUAGCUAGCUAAAAAUUAGAAAAAAAUUCUACAAGUACAACCGUAGAAGUACAAAUAUCAAUCGAAUGACGUUAUAUUCGUUUACUCGUGGGAAAAUGAAAUUUCGUUGCAUAUAUACAAUGCAGUAGGCCUAUAUAGCCAUGCUUAUUUUUCACCCUGCUCGGUUUCCUUCGUUCUUAUCGGGGAAUAUAUUCAAUAUUCCCCUCUAAUCAAUUUCCGUUUAAUAAUAUCCCCUCUAAUAUUCACCUGCAAUUAAUAAUCCCCUCUAAUAUUCACCUGCAAUGUCUUUGCAACACAAAAAAUGAGAAAAAAACAACAUAACGAAGGCAAUAUGGCAUGAAGAAUUAUUUCUAUUCUGACUCAUUAACGCGACCUCGCAGUGUGAAAAAUAAGUACGUUAUUUUGAGGCACCUCGGGGAUAUGUGAUUUAUUCACCUCGGCGCUGCGCGCCUCGGUGAAUAAAUCACAUAUCCCCUCGUUGCCUCAAAAUAACCUAUACAUAUAAGUAUAAAAUUUAUAAUAACAACGUCAAUUAAUUUAACCCGCUAUACGCACCCUGAUUCUCGCGCGUGCGUCACGCAACCGCUUAGCACAUCAAAGCGCCUAGCUAUCUCAUUGCUUAUUUCAGCGGUGGUCAUAUCAACCCAGCUGUCACAUUAGGAGUAUUACUUGCUGGAGCCAUCAGUCCAUUAUUGGCUUUAGGUUACGUCCUAUCACAAUUGCUAGGAGCUAUCGUUGGCGCAGGUUUCGCACGGGUAGGUUUGAUUUUUAUGAUAAUAUUAUAUCGGAUAAUUUGCUUCCAUGCACAUAUACAUAUGCUUUUUACCCGACAAGCUUGAAAUUAAAGGCUAUUAAUUCUGUUUAUCGAAAACAGGAUUCUAUCAGUGUCAUCAAAUCUAACCUGCCAUAUCGAUUAUAUUGAAUUCAAAUUGAAUCUGUGGAGUUUCGGGGAACCUUCUGCUAAAACCAGACAUAGUACUAUAGGGCGGUGGUUUGGGACAUGCAUGCACAAAACAAGUGCACCGAAAACGCAAAAUAUACAAUGUUUGACUAAGUACCACAAAAAUUGAAUUUGCAAGUCUCCAGCUGAAACGGUAUUUCGUUUAUUGUGGAGGCACUUGGAGAGAAAUGUAUAUCUUAAAUUGAUUUCCAAAUACUUGACAAUUUUAAUUCAGUAGGAGACAUAACCAUACAAGAGCUUUAUAAGUAAAUGCGCGCAAGAUCACAAUUUUCCACCCUCUUCCUCAACUUUCCACCGAAUUUUAACCACACCUAUUUUAAAGAAUUUUUUAUCAAUCCACAUUUUUGUGCAAAGUUUACCCGAGCAGAAGCACGCCCUGAACACAUGCACCCUUAUAACCUUGUAAUAGUGUGUAACUACAAAACUGGCUACAAUUCAUAGUUCAAAAAUGCCAGACACUCAUGGUCGCCCAGGGAAAUUUGGGGGCCAAAAAUAUCAUUCAUGCAUUCACUCCAUCCCCCAAGCUCAAAAAGUGAUAUAUUUGAUGAGAGACCAUAGAAAUAACUGUAGAUAUCGAUUAUGUGAGAGACUUUGCUCAUCUGAUGCACCUCAAGUAUAAUAUUAGUGCGGACGUUCCAUAAUUUGGCAGUUAUCAUUUCAAUUUCGUUCAACUUUAAUAAUCUCAUUCAAAAUGUUUUGAUUAAUGCUGUCAAGUGUCAAGACGAAUUUCAGUUUUUCUGCUCUUUGCCCGCACUAAAAUUAGGUAUGAUUUGAACGAAUGUAAAACUAUAUUCUGGAAAGCAUUUUGGGAAGAGGCCUCUCCCUCCUCCAACCCCCCUAAUUUUGCUUGGGCACCACAAUGUGCAUGGAUGCGAUGUACCUGAAAUCAAAGGUAACCGACCACGCUUGUGCUAUUCAGCAAAUUUUCUAACAGUAAAGCAAGCUCAAAAAGGCGAUGAAAAAAGGAACACAUAAUAGUUUGAGGAUGUAUAUUUUGAGAAAUGUAAGGAACACAUAAUAGUUUAAGGAAAUUAAAAGUAGGUUAAUUUAAAACAGUCAGAUGAUGUUAAAACUAGGGAGAGAUUAGAGUUAGGGUCAGCGUCAGGGUUAUGACUAACUUUUAUGAUCAAACAUACCUUAUAAUUUGUUCAAACUAUUUUGUGGGUAUUACAUGAAGUACUUACCGAAAAUUGAAAGCUUUGCCUUUUACACGGAGGGUUGUGGAAAUAAUAUGGAAAUCCAAUUUUCAUAGUAAUUGCAAUUUCCAUACUACAGGGUGUACAGGGUGUCUCAAAAAACCCCAAAAUCAUUGAAAUUGACGUAUUGUUCGAUAUUCAAUGCCCUAGCACUAAGUUAAUCCCACGAGUGCAUAAAAGAUUGACAUAACUGCUAUAAUGAAUGGUAAUACUCAGCGUAAACUUGUCAUGUCAGGCAUAAAGUACUAAACCCACGAAUGCAUAUUACGCAUAUUACAAUUUACGAAGCAUUUUUAAAUUCCCAUGAGCAAACAAACGUUCACUUUACAAAGAUAUUUAAUCACCCUGUCAAAAUCCUUUGUGUUACGGCAUUGAAAUUCGAACAAUACGUUAUUUCAAUGAUUUUGGUUUUUUUUGAGACACCCCAAAAACCAAAAUCAUUGAAAUAACGUAUUGUUCGAAUUUCAAUGCCGUAACACAAAGGAUUUUGACAGGGUGAUUAAUUUGUUUUAAAAAAUUAAAAUAUCUUUGUAAAGUGAACGUUUGUUUGCUCAUGGGAAUUUAAAAAUGCUUCGUAAAUUGUAAUAUGCGUAAUAUGCAUUCGUGGGUUUAGUACUUUAUGCCUGACAUAACAAGGUUACGCUGAGUAUUACCAUUCAUUAUAGCAGUUAUGUCAAUCUUUUAUGCACUCGUGGGAUUAACUUAGUGCUAGGGCAUUGAAUAUCGAACAAUACGUCAAUUUCAAUGAUUUUGGGUUUUUUUGAGACACCCUGUAUAAAAAAAACCGCAACCUCGGAAUUUCCCAAGAAAUCGACAUUGUUUUAAGGACAAAAGAUUUUAGGCGCCUGGGAAUUUAAAAUAGCACAACUGUCAAAAUUACUGCACACGCGAGUGCAUAAAGCAAAAUUUAUGCAUUUAUUUAAUGCACAACAACAGUCAUAUGAUCUAUUAGCAAUUCGAUUUCAGUUCCCAGGGGCCUAAAAUCUUUUAUGCUUAAGAAUUGCAAAGUGAUUUCUUAGGAAAUUCCGAGGUUGCGUUUUUUUUAUACACCCUGUAUAUGGAUAGGAUAUGGAAAUAGUAUGGAUAUAAUAUGGAUUGCACUGUUUUCUUCCAGUGUAACUGUCCUCCACCACUCAACACAGUCAGGUUACUUAUCCCUUUAUAUAUAGGUUGUACUCGCCAAAGUGGUUUACGAGAACAUUAAUGGCGGCGCACAUAGUCUGGGAACGGACGUGACAAUUGGAAGUGCAAUACUGGCAGAAAUAUUAGCCACAUCAUUACUCGUCCUUACUGUCCUAAUGACGGCUGUUGACAGCAAAAAUAAAGUACCCAUUGCCCCGUUACCAAUUGGUUUUUCAGUAGCUGUUGGUAUUUAUGGAAUGUAAGUUCGUAUAACGUUUUGGCAGUUCAUAGCUUUCAUGGCAACAUACAAAAUCUUUUUCGCGCAUCAAAUGUCUGUUGGUCACAUAUCCAAAAAAUAUAAAGUUUUGCCGGUCUAAAAUAUUUAAUAUAAUUAACCCAUUCUUCCGGUUGUAGUUUUAAUCAUUGUUGCUCGUUACGCGCUGCGGUGCUAGACUGCUAGUGGAAUAAUUCUUAUAGUGUUUUGAAUACGGGCGGCACUCAAAAGUAGCCGGUCACUGAAAAGUAUGAGAAUGAAUUUUCGCCACGGAAAUGCCCAUUUCCAAAGUUAAAUGUGAGGCCAAAUGACAGAACAUGCAUUGGAAUAUACUCAUUUUCGAUUCAAAAACACUGUAAUAAUUGUGCGAGCCUGAUAAAAGAUGUUUUGUUCUUGUUUUCAAGUUUAGCUUCUCGAACAAGUCUGUUUAAUGAUGUUCCGGCCAGUCAAGCGCAUUGUUGUUCUAAAUAAGUGCAGCGCGUAUUCGAUGGCGUCGUCUUUUGAUUAUUCGGCGUUUAUCGGGAGUAGCACUUUUGCGAGUAAAUAUACGGUAGUUCAUAAAACUAUACGUUCAGGGACGUAGCGAAGCAGUGAAGUUGGGGGAGGGGUUUGGAGGAUUCUACCUGAAAUUUGAACUUCAAUGUUAAAAAUUUACCUGAGGUGUAACAAUUAUGAUAGAGCUUUUUCUGAUUGAUAAGUUUGCGAAGAAUAUUUUCACAUUUUCUUAUAGUUUUUACCUGAGUCCCCCCCCCGGUCGCUACGUCCCUGGCUACGUUUCUUUGAAAAAAUAUGUUUUGUGUGGUAGUGUAAACUUUGUUCGAAGCCACAUGUCAAUUGUAAUUCAAAAGUUCUGAUACAACUGUGUUGUGAUAAAAGAAACGUUGACUGUGCGGUAGUGUAAGAUUUUACUAAGAAGUGGUAGUGUAAGAUUUUACUAAAUGUAUUGUAAUAUUUAAAUUAUGAACAUGGUCACACAAUAAACGGCAUCAAUUUAACCUUAACAUAGCAACUCUUUUCAUUUUUUCUUUCAGUGGUUCAGUAACUGGAGGCUCAUUAAACCCAGCAAGGAGCUUCGGUCCUGCAGUAAUGGGUUCGUACUGGUCAGAUCAUUAUGUGUACUGGGUUGGUCCAAUUCUUGGCGCCAUUUUGGCGUCGGCAAUAUAUCGAAUCGUGCUUGCUUCACCCGACCGAUUGCUGUUCUGUAAGGGAUCAAACGUACAACCAUCUCAUACUGAUGUGGAACUAGGCAGUACCGCGAGAUUGCCUUGAAAAUUUGCGGGGUUCCAGUAAAGUAUAGGCAUGGCGAGAUAUAGCUAUAGGCAAUGGUUUGUAAAUCAAUACACAAAACAUCACAUGCACUAUACACAUGCACGUACUAUUCAAUAUAUUUCUUCAUGGUUUGUUCUACUUUCCUGCAUGAUCAUUUGUGAAGAUCCAAGAAAUCCAUUAAUUAAUAAAGUAAUAAACUAAAUAAUAAUUAUCUACCAAAAAGUUGCACAACGCAAAAUCCAAAGCGGUCUGUAGAGGUCGAUCAUACUGUAUUAUUAUUACCUAUAUCUCUAAAUUACAUGCAUGCAGAUCAACAUAGUCGCUGAAGUAGAGCUCCGAUUAACUCCUAACUAAGAACAAAUGUAUAUAUGACGGAAGGAAACAUUUCUUAAAAAACAUUGUGCGUUUGAAACAAUACCUGACGAUAGGUAUAGAUUGCCUAUAUAUAUAAAAUCAAGGCUAAGUAUGUAGAAUAUUAUAAAUAAACCCAUGCAAAUAAACCUUUAAUAUUUCAGUGCAUAUUGUUAUAGUUUGUGUCCUGGCCAACAGGCCAGGUUUACAACAAAUUGUUCCAACAACACGGCACAAGUCGGCACGUAAUAAUGAUAAUAAAUUGUUAACUUAACAAGGUGCAGAUAACCGGCUCACAAGGCUAAUGACAACAGGGUGGACUUCAAUGAUUUGGAUUCUUGCACUUCACUUGGUGGAAUUAAUAUUAGAAUGUUAGGGUUUGUAAUCCAAGUGAAAAUAUAUACAUUUUAAUUCUUAUACAUGAACUUACGGUUACAGCUCAACAACUGGCCUCUGUAGCUCAGUUGGUGAGAGCGCUGCAUCGGAAUAGCAGGGCCGUAGGUUCAAUUCCUACCAGAGGACCU